AUGGUGAUUGGGGAACCGGAAAGGAAGACCUCCACUAAGAUGAAAGCCGUUGUCGCUGAUAAAACGUCUGCGGUGAACCUUUGGAUUUACGAUGACAGUCUUUUCAAACAUUUUAGUGAUCAGGCCAGUGUUAUUCUGCGAAAUGUUAGAUGGAAUGGAAGUAUUUUGGAAUUUUCGGGAUUCAAGAUCCCAGAGCACAUUAUUACAGAAGCUUUAGGAACAGGACAACCUAUUUCCAUCAAGAGAGCAAAUGCAUUACCUGACCUGAGCUUGAUGUGCUUGAAAGGGAAAGUUGUGAAGAAAUCCUUUCUUCUGAUCCGACCGUUUAAAAAGAAAAUAUUGAAUUAUUGUCAAAUUAAGCUGAGAGAUGACAAAGGAUUCGUCGAUGUUGAUGUCUGGGGAGACGCUGCGGAAGCCAUGGAAAGGGGAAUUGUUAUCAAAAUGACAAGCUGUAGAAAGCGGGAACCCCAGAGACCAGACGGACCACCUAUCUCCACAACACCAGACACAUUGGUUAAGAAACUGCCUUUAUUAGAACUAAAACAAAAUGAUGUCGACAAAUUGUACAGAAGAGGAACUAUUCAGGCAUUUGAUGUUGACCUAGAUUCAGACAUCAAGCUCGAUUCAGAACCGAACACGAUGACACGAGUUGAUAUCGAUAUGCGUAGAAAAGGAGGAAAGCUGGACACAGUCAUGGUCUUUUGCGCCCAGCUGAUCCAACUGUUCGAGAUAUACAACAUGACGAUUCCAUCAAUCGAUGAUGGUGAAAAUAUCGUGAAGUUGUUGACGAAACUUCAAGGAAAGAAGAUAAAAUACAAAGCAUGCGGAACUGUAGAAAAAUUCAGACGCUGCUAGAUACGACAGCAGAAGAUAGUUGAGAGGUGCUUACAACCUAUUAUUUCGAGACUCAUUGACAUUUUGUUUUAUACAUUUUGCUUUAGAGUAAUGCACUCGUUCUUGUACAACUGUUAUCAAACGCUUUUCACAUGUAGGGGGUCGUAAAAUUCCUUACAUGUCCUUAAAGUAUCUUACAAGCCCAAAAAUAUCGUAUUUUUACACUGAUGUUCAUCUUUAAAAUUGCCUACGUAAAAUCUCAAUUUGUCAGCGCAAGCUUUUUUUUCUCUACACGUAAACAAGGUCUGUUUUGCCUCAAAACGCAGUGGUCCUACCAUGACCUACCCCAACAUAGAGCGUCGUUCAUCACAAGACAAAAAGUAGUGCGUCGUUCAUCACAAGACAAAAAGUAGUGCCAAUGUUGUGGAAACAAUCCCUGCUGAGCACUUGAAAACAUUGUUUAGUAUAAAUAUGUUGUUGUGUUUCCAUUUGUGGAUUGGGAACAAGUUACCACAACUUAGGCGAUCAACAAAUAAGUUAAACAUACAACAUGGAAGAAACACGUCUGGGCUGGGGACGGGUGUGCUGACCUCUGACAUUGUGUAUACUUAUUACCGAGCCAGUCGCCCGUCUUCUUUUGAGGCUGCAUAUAUGGCACGCAAAAAUGAUAUAUGCUAUUCUCAAAUAUGUACAUAGCUUUAUCUCCGGGGCUAAGUCAUAAUUGGUAUCCGCACUUGUUUAAUGACUCCAUCUCUUCUUCUCUCUCAUAAUAUCUUCCACAUGGAGUAAUUUGGAAGCUUUUCUCUGCUGUUUCAUAGUUCUCCAUUUCUUCUUUCUGAGAUAUUGAUCUCCAAGUAGGCAGAUGACAUCAUUAUCAUAUUUUACACAUGAAACUCUGUGACUGUAUCAUUGACUGAACAUUUGGCGAUUAAUAAUUUCCAUUUCAAACUCUUUUCUUUUGUUUUAACAAUACCUCUACUUACAUGUAUAUUUCAUUUUUUUCAUAAUUAGGUCUUGUCACAAAGUUGGUGAACCUUGCAUUAUAUAAAUCUCAUACAAAAUAGCCUGUGAUAUUCCAGCUACAUAUAUGAUGGCAGUCUGUAAAUAAUCGAGACUGGACCAGAGACCCCAGUAAUCAAUUUCAUGAGUAUGGAUCCUCGCAAUUCUAGCCCGGAUCGUCUAGUCUGGAUAUAGUUAAACAUGAAGGCACAGCCUCCCAACCCAGGCACGAUCAAGCCGCUGGCGACCCCCUCCCUGUCAGAGACCCGUUGGCCCGUGAAUUAGAAGCCAGUUAUGAAUAUCACAAAUGAAGGGAGAUAUCCGAGCAUAUGGGGAAACUUUUUUCAUAUGAACAGUACCUACUCGCAACGUGCUUUCAGGAGAGGCUCUUAAUGAUUUAUGUCAAAUGUUAACACAAGCAUCAAACACCAAAAUUAUGUCAGGUGUUAUACAAAGUAUUUAGUUCUCUUUCAAGAGUAUCCUGGUAUAUGUAUUGUCACCGCCUGCUUGGAGAUCCUGUGAAUCUGUGGAGUGAGUAUGUGAAUGAGUUGGGUUUUGAAAGCCGCUUUUAACAUUUCAGUUACAUCACGUUGUGUAGGCUUAAUGUGUGAGGAGAGCCCGAGCAGACGAACAGACGGCGAACUAAGGGACGUAACUCCAAUUUCGUACCACCUGGGCUGAUAUCGAUCAUCAUAACAGCCCAGCAGACGAGUGUAAUACGGAUUUGGUUAUUACACCUCCUGGAUAUGUUGACAUAUGUUCUCUGUUGGCUCCAUCGGACAUGCAAUUGAAAUGCCUCUUGCCAUAGACAGGUAUAUGAUAAAUAAAGUGAUUCUUGCCGAUGGCAAAGUAAAGUGUAUCGUUUCAAUAUGUAUAUGCGUUUUUUUUAUUGCAAAAUAGGUAAUCUUUUGUUUUUCGCGUGAAGUUAAUUUAAAAUUAUCCCCUACGUUUGGUUAAGUAUAUGGUUAGUGAGGAUACAAGAAGAGCAUUAAUAUGUCCCAAAUCAUUAUCAUCUAUAAACGCUUAUAAUUAGUUUCGCAAAAUACAUUUAAAGUAUAUUAUUCUUUUUUUCGUUGUCCAAUUUUAGAGGUGAAUGGUGAUACAUUUGUGGAUGUUUAAUUUUCUUGUUCGUGUAAAUAAAAUGCUGCUGAAAAAACCCUCGCA